AUGCUCGUGCCUCCAGACAACUUUGCGUUUGUCGAGGACGGUCUUUAUCGCUGUUCGGCGCUCGAUGCCAUCAAUGCCCCUUUUUUGGAAACGCUUGGGCUGUCUACUAUUGUUUGGCUCGAUGAGGAAAAGCCGCCUCGCGCAAUCAAUCAGUAUAUCGAGGACAACCAUGUGCGACUGUGCCACCUGAAAGAGUCCAGCGUCAUUCCUGAAGAUACCGACAGCAUGCGGUUCCAGGAUUGGAUGGUUCUGAGGCCUACGUUGGUAGCAGAAACGUUCCAGAUCCUGCUCGACUACCAGACGUACCACGACUGUCUGUUGGUGGAUAGGAGCGAGGUAGUGAUCGGGUUGCUAAGACGUGUCCAGAGAUGGAGCUACUCGAGUAUUUCCAACGAAUACAGGCUUUUUGCCAACAACAAGGCCAACUAUGCGGUGGAGAAUUAUUUGGAGCUAGUGAGCAUCGAACUGGUGCCGUACGAGAGAAUGGUCGAUCAGGACGACGAGGACGAGGAAAAUACGGUGGUCGAGGAGCCAAAGAGCCUGGAGAAAGACCUGAGCAACAGCCCGCACCUGUCUGUGUCGAUGUCGCCGCAGAUCCCCAAAACGCUGCUCAAGAUGGUGGAGAUGCGUCGCCAGAAACGGAAGCACAGACAGGAGAGACAGGAAAGCAUCAGCUAUUCAGGAGUGAGUUUCUACAAGCCGGCAGGAACGGCGUCUGUGCGGGUGCGGCUGCCCAGAGAAGAGAACCUGCCGGCCUGGUUCAUCGAGCUGAGAACAAGGUGGGAGCAGGAGGCCUGA